CGGGAGGGCGGGCCGAGCGCGGCGGCGGGCCGGGACGGGGGAGCCUGCAUCCCCCAGGCCUCCGCGGCCGGGGGCGGCUUCCCGGGCCCCGCUUCCCCCGCGGGAGGGUCUCUGCGAAGCCAGCUUGGGCCGGAGGCUGGAUUGUAAAUCUAGCCCAAGAAGAUCCCUGUGCCAGCCGGAGAGAGAGAGAAUAAAAUUCAUGUGUUAAGAGAGCCUCCUGAUUACAGAAUGGCCAGCGGUCCUGGGAAUAAUGCAUCCCUCUCCGUUCAGAAAGUCACGCACUCAGAAAGUUCUCGAGCAAAGAAGUCCCAGCAUUCAGAAGAAGAAAUCUUUUAUAUGAACUGCAGAGCAGCUUAUCUAACUGUUUUAAAAAGCAGUUUAGAAAAUAUUAAAUCAAAAGAACAACUCUGUUUAGUACUUCAACAGGCUGGAAGAAAUCCAUCUCAGAAGACACUUAAUAAAUACUGGACUUCACAAACAACUACACUGAAUUUUGAUGAUUUUUGUACUAUCUUAAAAAAAGAAAAAACAGCUACAAAAACUGAACUGCUCAAAGCAUUUGGAAAAAUAGAUACAGAUAAUUCUGGAUAUAUUUUACAUGAUGAACUUUCUAAAAUUCUUACAACGAGAGGUGAAAAAAUGACUCUGGAUGAAGUGAGUGCCAUUACUAAACUGGCUGAUUUUAACAGCAGUGGCAAACUUGACUACAAUAAGUUUUGUGACUUCUACAUGACAAUCAGUGAGCAGUGCUGCAAGACUGCACUGGAGAAACUGGAAGUUGACAAUCGAUUGAGGCGUCAGCAGUUUGGAAGUCAAGCUGAAACUUCCUCUGAAGGGAUCACAUUAUCUAAACCAUCACCAAGAGUCUCAAGGAAAACUGAUCACAAACUUGCACCAGUGAAAGGGGAUAGCAGAACUUCUUCAAGACCCUCAUCAGCUCAAAGUUGCAAAGCAUCCAUUUCUUCCACUAUCAGCGUGAGUGCCAGUCAUAACAGAAGCGCAAAGCUAAUUGAGCCAAACACAGUAAAGGAAUGGCAAUGUGCACAAUCCAAAGGAUGCUUCUACUUAGAAGAUGAUGGUGAAAUCAUUAGUCACAAAUACAGGUUGCACUUACCUCAGAGGUCUACUGUAUGUAUUACCAUCAAGCCUUUAAACCUUUGUCAGGUAGAAGGAAAAUCUUGUCAUUGGUUGUCAGUGGAUACAGCUUUGUAUGUUCUGAAGGAAAAUGAAAGCCAAGAAAAUCUACAGCUCGUGAGCUUUACUGAACAACAAAAUAAAGAGAUGUUUGGAUGGAAAGGGGAGCUUGGAUCAGGAGUUUACUGGCUACUCCCAUUCACAACAGGCUGUAGACUCAAGAAGGUAAAAACCCAAAUUACUGGAGAAGCAAAACUGGUGUAUAGAGGUGAAGAUGGAGAAUUGGCUCUUACCAAAGAGUUCCGAGCAGCUUUAUUGGAUGUAUUUGAAACCAUUGAUUUGGAUGGGAAUGGCCUUCUGAGUUUGGAAGAGUACAAUUUCUUUGAACUGAGGACUAGUGGUGAGAAAUGUGAUGAGGAAGCAUGGGCUGUAUGUAAGGAGAAUUUUAACAUGAAGAAGAAUGAACUAACAAGACAGGGAUUUAUGGAUCUGAAUCUCAUGGAAGCCAAUGACCGUGAAGGGGAUCCUAGUGACCUUUGGGUCACUUUAUUGUCGCUGGGCUACAAUAAAGCAUUAGAAAUGAUAGAGGCAUGCCCCUUUGUCAUUGACAUCUAUGCAGAAAAAUGCAAACCCCGAAUUAAAGCCAUAUACCUAGAGGCAGGUGGCUGGCAACUCAACAGGGCCAUUUGCAAGUCUGUUGUUAAUAAAGGAGAAGCCAAAGUAAUGGAUGGUUGUGAAAAUGUAAUUGUUUAUACCUACAAAACGGACAUACGAAUCACUUCUGUUAUUGAAAAUAAGUCUGAAAACAAAGUGAUUAUUCAUGUCAAUAAUGAGCAGAGUAAGAACUGUCUAAGUAAUAGGGGACUCACCGUUUUUGCUGUGGAAGUGGCACCAAAAUCCAUGGUGGUUUCUCAACAUGUGAUGCCGCUGAAUGAGCAGGAAGAAUGGCUUUAUAAUUGUGUGCAUUCCCUCUUACGUUAAACAUUGCAGUUAGAGAGCUGUUUUUUGGUAGCAUUUAAAAUAAACCAGGAUUUCUUUUUGUCAAGUUCUAGAUAAUUUCUAGUCUUGUCCUCAUCCAAAAGCUGGCACAAACUGAUGUUUCACUCCUAGAGUUUCAUUUGUUAAAGCCAGGGAAUCACGUAUCUACUUAUUUAUUUCUGAUAUCACACUUCUGUGACACUUUCGGAGACUGCAAGGUCUGAUGUUCAGCUAUCUUAACGGUUUAAGGGAAUUAGAAAUAAAAAAGCUUUCACUUAUCAAAGCUCUAGCUGCUCAUGUGCAUUAUGUGGCCAGGAAUUUCCACAUGAAGGUCUACAAAUAAUUGUUUUUCUAACUCACCAGGCAGUUCCCCUCCCUACUUAACAACCUUGAAGCUGACUGGAGAGGAAGCUGCAUGUAUUUCAUCUCCUUGAAUGUCCCAUCUCUGUUUUAGACCUAUUGUUGCCCAAAGCAGAACGUACAGUUUUAGAUAAUUGUUUCAUUUGCAUAAGGCUCUUGGCAAAACUAUUUUUUUCUUUUUUUCCACAUCUUGAAGACAUGUCCCCUAAAUUCUGUUACUGCUACAGAGUUACUUUUUUUUUAAAUUAUCAUUCUUUAAUUUCAACCCCCACCUGCUUUCCUUCUCAAUAUGCCCCAAAUUUUGUAACCAGUAUUUCUUUUUACUUAUCUGAUAUCCAGUUAGCUUCCUUCAAUGCUUCUCUUUUCAGCAGUGUGAUCACCUGUCAGUGUUGUGUGUCUUUGUUGCUUCCUACCGUCAGAGAAAUUGUUUUGAUUUUCCUAACACACCUUUCAUAUUCUCUGCCUAGUCCUCUUGCCAUUCAGCUUUCAUUAUCUGUUUCACACUGUAGUCUUUGUGUUUCUUCUUCUUUUUUUAUCCUGCAAGCAGCCUAAUUGGAUUUCUUUUCUUUUCUUUUUGUACCAUGUGGCAUUCAAUCAAAUGCUUCUUUGAACCUUAACCAUUUGAUUUGUGUUUUUUGUAAUCAAGAUGAUAGAAAUUUGAGGGACUGGUCUUUGCUUUUCUGUGUGUUUUGAAGUGCCAACAGUAACAUUGUCAUCACAGGAAAAAAUCAUGAUCAUUGGAAUUUUUUGAUACUAUAUGACUUUUUAAUUAAAAUUUUAAGACUUUAUAAUUAAAA